AUGGCGUCUGAACUGAAGAACGUUGCAAUAAUUGGCGCCAGCGGCAACGUAGGCAGCAUUAUUCUCGACGCAUUCGUCGGCGCAUCACAGUUCAACGUCACUGUGCUGACGCGCUCGUCCAGCAGCGCUACUUUCCCGGCAGGGGUCACUGUCCGCAAAUCGGACUUUUCCGAACAAGACUUGGUGUCUGCCUUCAAGGGUCAGAAUGUAGUCAUUUCUGUCGUGGGCUUGGGUGCAUUCACCGACCAGAAGAAAUUCAUCGAUGCUGCUAUUUCGGCUGGUGUGAAGAGAUUCAUUCCAUCCGAGUUCUCGGCCAACACGUUGAGUCCGGCCGUCGUGCAGUUGCUGCCGGUGUUUGCCCAGAAGAAGGAAGUUCUGGAUUAUUUAAAAACAAAGGAGGCCUCAGGGUUGACAUGGACUGCAAUCUGGACUGCAUUGUUCUUUGAUCAGUGUUUGACCACCGGUUUCUUGGGAUUCGACCUUCCAACGCGAACAGCGUCCAUUUGGGACGGCGGCAACAGCGUCUUCACUGUGACCAAUGUUGAGCAACUCCAGCGUGCUGUAAUUGCUACUCUCGAGCGUCCAGCAGAGACAGCGAACAAGAACCUCUACAUCGCCUCUGUCGAGACAUCGCAGAACGAGCUUUUGGCAGCUUUGGAGAAAGCCACCGCUUCCAAGUGGACGGUCACAUACACCACUACGGAUGAACAAGUCAGCGAGGGAAUUGCAAGGCUUGGUAAGGGGGACAUGACUGGUGCGUUUGUGUUGGUAAAGGCGACCAGCCUCGGUAAUACGCCAAACCUUCGGGCAAACUACAUUCGAGACGAACAGCUGGCGAAUGGCUUAUUGGGGUUGAAGCUGGAGAGUGUAGAGGAGACCGUAAAGCGUGUUGUCGGUGCUUCCUCCUGA